UGCAUGUGUUUUGUAAAUAAAAAGCUUUAAUAAUAAAAAAAAUUAUAGCAAAAAAGGGAGAAAAUAGCACGAAGGACUCAGAAAUUUUAGAACACGGAAUGUCAGAGAUUAAAGGGAUUUGGGGAAAUAGAACGUUACAAUCUGGAACGCUGAGCAUCAGACUAGAGGGGCUUGUUAGAACAGCAAGUGUCAGCAACAGUGAUCCAUGGCCAGGCUUUUGGGGCCCUAGCCAGUCCUUCAGCCCAUAUUCUAUCGAGGACACAUCUUAUUGUCUUUUUAGCUUUUGCUCCUUCUCGCUAUCUCCUGAUGCAUUAAAAAAAAUCUACAGUUGGAUGUCCUGAAGGAGAUCCCGCCAUGUCACGGGCGCCCCCAUCGGCCCCUUCCUCGAUUCACCGUCUGGUUUCCCUCCCCAGGCUCACUCCCAGCAUCCUCACUCCUCUGAAAGCGCUCCUCCCGCCCGCCCUCCUGCAGAAACACCCGCUGCCGCCUGCACAGACCCACCCCCCCGGAGGACCCCCCUUCCCGACCCUUCCCAGCAAACCUUACCCGCCGUUCCAGAGCCCGGCAGCCCCGCCGCUGGCCCCCCAAGGCUACCAAGGCAGCUUCCAUUCCAUCCAGAACUGCUUCCACUACGGAGACUGCUACAGGGCAGCGGAGCCGGCCAGCGGUGGCGGGGACGGCCUGACGGGAGAGCCCCAUGGCUAUAAUCCUCUGAGGGCCAACGGCUACCACCCUCUGAGCACCCCCUUACCUGCCCAAGGCUAUGAUACCCUGUCUGACGGCCCGUGUGGACCCCCGGAAGCAGGCACCACCAGCCCAGAGGAGAAUGGCUUCUUCCCCAAUGGCUCCUUUGACCCCUGUUUGAAUUCCCUCCCUUCCAUCUACACCGACACCUAAGGCCGGCCCGGCCCCUCGAGGCCCCCCCAUCUCACCCCCCUUGUAUCCAAGCUUCUCCCCAGCCUGGUUUUCAGGCCCGCAUAUUAGCAAGGGCCGGAAGCUUCUAUGAGCUCCGCUACACCCCCACCCAGCACAGCUCGCCCCGGGGCCCCCCCGGGACACGGCCCCCCGGCCCGAGCGGCUGCCACGGGCCCAGAAGGGGAGCUCCCCUGGGUGCCGGGCACAGCCAGGCCCUCCUAGACGUUAUCGGGACUUUUUUUUAAUUUUAAGCUCACAGACCUCAUGUAUAUAAAUUGUACAGAAGUGACGUCCAUUUCCUCAGCUGGUUUUCUAUGUUCAGUUUUACAAGAAAGCAUUAAAAACUGGAACCAUACACAGCGUGACUGCGGCCCUCUGUGUCUGGGAAGCAGGCUGGAGCGAGGGUGCCCUGGGUGCCCUCGCUGGCUGGGAGCGCGGAGAGGGGCAGAGGCUGGCGCUGAGACACUGGCCCCUUGUCCACUCUGGGCCUCAGCUUCCCCGUUCUGUUAAAUGGGAAUGAUCCCUGCUCCCCAGGAAGGCUGUGAGUGCCCGCAGAGGUCACGGACAUAAGGGGACUGUAGGGAGUUGUCUCCAUUAGCAUGUUUUUAUCGAUGGCAAUGGAGAAACCGUGGAUGUGCUACCUCCACACCGGUGUGUCCCAAAAGUCUUAGUGCAGUUUUAAGCUUUAGAGACAAGGAGAG